GCCCCGCCCCCCGGCUUGAACAAAAGCGGACUCAAUAGAGACCGCUUGUUACCUACGGGAGGUGAGGCAGAGACACGUACAGAAUUACCCUCCCCGCCCCAUUUAAAAAGAAAGGGUCGGGAGAACGGGAAAAUGAGAGAAGAGAGACCAUUUCACUGACUUACCUUUGUUCCCGCCCACAGCACCGCGCGAGAUCAAAGUGAACGCGCCUCCGGGGCGGGUGUGUGUGUGUGGCGGGGAGGAGAAAAAGGACGCCGCCAAGAGCAAUUCAAACCAAAACACGAGCCGAGCCAACCCAACCGGGCAAGUGCUGACAGGUGCCGGGGUGGUGAGCGGGGCCGACCUUCCCUCUGCGUGAGAAACGGGACCGGAUAGGAGCAGUCAGGCCAGGCGGGCUGCUGCUCCCUCACUGCACGGUCAAAGCGGACCGGCUAGCGAAGAGGCACUCGGACGGUUCUGGAAUCCCCGGGAGCUGCGCGUGCGGCCCUCCAACGGUCGGCGUUGGUUUUUGAAUUUUUUAAAAAAAAAAAUAUAUUUGAACCGUCGCUGGCGAGCUUCCCAACAUGGUGUCGUGGCUCAUCUCCAGGCUGAUCGUGCUUACAUUUGGUACUUUGUAUCCUGCCUACACAUCUUACAAAGCUGUCAAGACAAAAAACGUGAAGGAAUAUGUCCGAUGGAUGAUGUAUUGGAUUGUGUUUGCAAUCUUCACGACUAUCGAAACUUUCACGGAUAUAUUUAUUUCCUGGUUCCCAUUCUAUUAUGAAAUGAAAAUUGCAUUUGUUGUUUGGCUUUUGUCCCCGUACACCAGGGGUGCCAGCAUGAUUUACAAGAAAUUUAUUCAUCCCACACUCUCUUCGAAGGAGAAGGAAAUUGAUUCCUACAUCAGUCAAGCCAAGGAGCGUGGUUAUGAAACGAUGGUCAAUUUUGGCAGGAAGGGACUUAACAUGGCAGCCAAUGUCGCUGUAAAUGCUGCUGCAAAGAGUCAGGGAGCUAUCGCUGGACGCCUGCGUAGUUUUAGCAUGCAAGAUUUAACAAGCAUUCAGGGUGAUGAGCCAGUACAUUACAAGGAUCCUCUUUAUCCUGAAGAGGAGAUAAUGGGAAGGAAAGCCAUCUCUGCUGCGCAAGUAGAGUACUCUCUGAGACAACGUAUAACAGCACCAAAUGAUCGAUACAUUGACAGUGAUUCACAGGAUGAAUAUAAGUCUGAUGGGGAAGCAGAAAACCAGAGGAGUUCUUUGCGUCGCCUUGAAGCACAAAAGAUCAAACGAGCCAGACGAGUCCAGGGUCAACAAAUGCCUAGAAAGAAGGUGCAGGGAAAAGAGGGUGUGAUAAAACCAUUGAAGGUUAGACCAAAGAAGAGAGCUUUGCAAUCGAAUUUCGACACUUUAUGAAUUCCAGAAAACGACAUUUGUCCAUUCAUCAGAACCAUAGAGCUCCUUGGUGAAAAUCACUGCCAUUUUUAUUCACUGGCAAUUUUCAAAUUGCCAAAUGUCUCAAUGUUGUGAAACUGGGCAAAAUAUUUUGUAAUAUUGUUGCAUGCCCUUUUUAAGAAAAAACUGCCGUGUGAAUAACAGUGCCGAAGACCGGAUCAGCAUUAAAGUCCAAAAAGCUCUUGUUAAACCAAAAAGUGUUGAGGCAGUCUGUAAUUGUAUCAACAAAUGAAUGUGAAGGGACAGCCCGUGUGUUCUUAAGAAUGUUUCCUCGUACGCUGUUGGAAUGGUGUUGAGAGUGGUUCUGAGGGAGUCUGGAACUCCCUUUUUCAUAUUCUAGGUAUAAAAGUUUUCUGCAUUGCUGUUGGCCGCUGAAAAGUAAACUGUGACCCUGAUGAACUUGCACUGACUUGUGUUUUCACAAGUGUUUAAAGUCUGUUUUCUGGAUCAGAAUUUAAUGCCAUCUAAUUACCCCUGUAUUGUGACUACUUGAAUUGUUGAAGAGUUUAAAAUUUUAGUGUAUUAUAUCACAGCCUUGUGGGAUAAAUCUGUCAAACGGGUGAAGUGCUUGCUGCAAUUUGAAGUUUUGUCUUAGAGAAUGUCAUGUGUGAUAUGCUUGUGUUGAACUGUAUUCACGUCAGCCAUGCAGCAUUUCAAGUUGAAGAUUAGAGUUGAACUUUAAGUGCGAGCAAAUCUGGAAAAAUAACUUGACAACAGUCAUUGCCUAGGGGGGGAGGGGGUGGUGGUGGUGGGUGGUAUAAAUUUUUGGGCGUAUUUUAGUUUAGUUUCUCAAUUCAAUAUCACCAGCAGCUCAAACAGAGGUACUGGUCAUUGUGUUCACAUUGAUCAUAGGGUGUCCGACAGAAGGUACACUGUCAGCAACAAGACUGCACAUUUAAAAAUAUCCAAAAACUGAUUUGAAGUAAUGGCACUACGAUCGAGGAUCAAUCUAAAAUUGGCCACAUCACACAGGUGGAGCAGUUUUGGCCUGUCACUGUUAGUGCCAUCUGACUGGCCCUGUGGUUUCAGUUCAAGCUAACUUCAGGAAGUUGGUCAAUUUUUUUUUUUCAAGAUAUUUGUUUGCCUCUGCUCCAUUGGACCUUCCCCAGUCCAAAAAUUAUGUAAGCAAGGAGAACUGUGUAUGCAUCUUGUCUGUCAGCGGCUUGUAUCUAUCUCUCGAGAAUCUUUGGCUGCUUUCAGUGACUGAAGCAAUUUGCUUGUGUUGUGCUUUGACUUAGUUAACUGUUUGUUUGUCGUGAAUUGCAUUGCACUAGAUCAUUGAGUUUUCCUUUUAAUUUCUGCUCAAAACAAUGGCAUUUGUUUGUACAGAAAUACUUUUGGAGCUAGACACAAAUAUCACAUGUACUGGAAAAUCAGCAAUCUCCACUGUCUGAUGUGUACAAGGAAGAUAUGCUUAUUUUUCCAAUGUUGAAUGGUGGGCUACACCUUUUUCAAGUUCUCCAUUGAGUCAUCCCAUUGGCAGGUUUUCAUUGGUCAUUGUGUCAUAUCUUUGAACAGAUUUUGAAGUCUCAUUUUAUUCAAAGUGACUUGAAUGCAGGCAGUACUUGAUGUUUUAAACUUUGUAAACUUCAUAUUUCAUCAAUAGGAACGUUGUACACUGGACCAAAUUCUAACUACUGAAAAAAAAAUACAUGCUUAGCAUGCAUGGAUUCUACAGGGCAUUCUGACAAGUUAGAUAGCUGCAGCUCUUUAUUUCACAAUCUGGACAUUUAACUGAUAGGUUUGGAUCAUGUCGCACUUGAAUAGGCUCUGCAGCUUCUAGCCCCACCAAGCAUUUCGGCUGUCAGAUGGCACCACUGUUCUACACAAUGUGAACUGAGUACAUUAAAGCAGGUGACCCUGUUCGGUUAGAGUGCAUUUGCUCUGAUCAGUAGAUGUUCCCAUGGUUUCUUUCUUCUAUAUUUGUGAUGUUGACAAGAAGAAUGUAGCUGUUCACAUGGUAAUGCAAUUUUUGGCUUGAAAUUGGUUCAUUCUCCAAGACAAUUUAAAUAUAGCUGCUUUUGGACUGUCUCAAAGUGUGAAGCGCUUCUCAAUUAUAACGUUUGAAGUGCAAGGAACUGAAGUUGUCGCUUGGAAUUGGCCUGUCAACAGCACCUCAUUAAUGUCUUGUAUGUUGUCUGGUGUUUCUUAAACUUUUAUAAGGAUGUUUGUAUGGAAGUUCUUUGUCACAAUAAAGUUAGUCUGCCUCAGUUA